CCCGCGGCUCUCCCUUCAGAUCGGACAUGGCUCGGGAGCCCAGGCCCAGCGCUGCCCGGCGGGGCUGGAAGAGGCCGUGGGGCACAGCCGCCUCCCGCAGCUACAGUCUGGAUUAUGAACUGCACCGGGAAGACGGCCCCUGCAGGGGGUACGAACACCAGGGGGUCCCUCCCCUCCUCCACCGCGUGCCUGUCAGGAUCCGGAAGGCCCACCUGGGCACGGGGGUCAAGGGCCGUUUCAGUCCCCACAGGGCCCCCAGAAAGAGCCAGCUGCCCCCCGAGAUAAAGCUCCAGACUGAGGAGCUGCACUGCCUCAGGGGUGAGCUGAGCCACAUCAAGGCCCAGGUGGACCGCCUGCUGGAGCACGUGGAGCUCAUGGAGCAGCAGAGGGACCAGCUUCCAGGGACAGAGGACUGUGAACAGAACAGGGGCUCUGGGAGUCAGGGGUCCUUAUGCAGAACCACUGAACCCAGGCAGGAGCCCAGAGGCCCGAGGGCCCGUCCGGAGGCGGAAGGCUCCCAGGAGCACACAGACCCGGAGGCCCUGGUGAGUGGCCUGGCACCUCCCCCAUCCUCACCCUCCUUGUGUUUGGGUCCUUGUUUGUGCAGGAGACAGCAGUAGCUGCAGGGAGGUGACUGACUUCUGUCACAGGCAAUGUCCGGAAGAUAGGGCCCCGUCCUACUCCCCCCCCCCCUUAAUUCCCUUGCAUUGUCCUGUGCUCCCCACGGAAGCCGAAGCACACGGACCUUCCUGGACUGAGAAAUCCAAACCUGGAUCUGAUAAUAGCCUUCUGUGCAGCUCCAAGAGCCCCAGUGUUCCCUACUAUAUCAUAGCCUCCGCCGCUAUUGGUGGUCCCUGAAGUGGGCCAAGCACCCGCUGUUGUCAGGACCCUCUCAGCAAGGCCGGGCUGCUGUAGGGUUAGCAGGAGGAGCUUCCUUUCUUCCACUUGCCCAGCUCUGGCUGCCCCUCGGCCUGUUGGGCCAGGGGACCCUUACUGCUCCCCAAGAUGGAAUCACAUCUAGGAAAACUGGGCUGAGUGGACAAAAUGCCAUGUCUGGUGGUUCUGGGUUCACGGGCCUCAGGAAGAAUCUACAGUAACACCAAGAUGUCAGAGCUGCCAGGAAAGGGAAACGGGGGUUGGAGGCUGGGAGUUGUAAGUAGAUGGCCUCUUGCCAGCCUCACCGCGCUUUGGCCCUCUGUGCUAGGGUCCUGCUUCUGCUUCUCCUACAGGUCAAGAAUCAGGCGUCAGACCAGGGCUGUCAGUAGCAGGCUGGAACCCCUCCAGGCUCAUCAGCUCCAGGCACCGUCCUUGCCUUGAGUGUUUUCUCGAGGGUCUCUCAGCAGCACCCAUGCCACCCAUUCUGGAGCCAGGGACAUGGAGGCGUGGCUCAGCCAGACCAGCCAGGCACCCGGCCCUAGUGCUGGUUUUAGCUUUGUCCAGAUGGCAGCCUAGGUGCUGCAGGGAAGGGGGCGGCCCGCAGCUGCCCGGCACCAGCGCACCAUCUCAUAGAGCCGAGGCCCCCUCCUGCAAGCGGAGCUGGAUGCCCACCCCCCCGGAGCAGUGUCAGCUCUCUUCCCUCUCAAAGCCCCCAGUCCUGUUUGAGUGUCCACAGGGUUACCAUUUUUACUUUGUUUCUAUCUUGUUUCUUUCUGCUGUGAUUCUAUAUAUUUCAGAUCUGCUUUGGAAAUAUAUAUUAUGUCACAGGGGGCAAAUAAAGUUUGUAUUUUUCCCCCUAGUAAGGGAUUCUUGGUGUGGUCCCCAGGCCUCAUUCUGGUCUCUCAGCUGCCUCGAGCCAGCCUUUCCUACAGCUGAGCAGGCCCCUAAGACACACAAGCUCAGGUUACACCAAGCUGGUGCAGGGAGGACCCCAGGCGGCCCUUUCGCCAACUCAGACCUGAGCACAAACCUGCAGGGCUCAGGAGCCACACAGGGCAGAGCCCACCCUCCUGGUCAGACAGGCCCGCUCUGCCCUACAGAAUGGCCAGACUCCAUCUCCAGCAU